UCCCACCCCAAUAUGUGGAAUUUACAAGUCCGUGGGGUCCACGGAUUUGGAUCCAAAAAAGGGAAUAAAUCCGUGAACCCCACGGAUUUAACACCUGACAACAAACAAUGGACUUGGCUAAAAUCCAUCAUGCUUGGGAUUUGAGUCCCAAAUCCAUGACCCAAAUCCAUCAAGCAAACGACUCCUUAGUUUCUUCUUCCUUUUCCUUCAUCGAAGUAAGAAAUACUCUUGCUUUGUUGGCCUCAAUAAGAGUCUCCAGGUUUGCAGCUCUUACUGUUCCUUCUUUGGGUCUUUUGGUAAAGAAAAUCUCCUUUUUUUUUUUUUUUUUAUAUUUCUCCCCUUCCAUCCAAUUUGUGGGCAAGAUUAUGGAACUUAUAUUGGGUUGGUUUUAACCGGUAUGAUUGCUCAGAAGCUUAUUAAGCAAACUGGUAUGUAAUCUCCAAGUAGAAAGAUUGCAGCUUUCUUUACUGUGGCAAUUGUCUUAUAUGUGGGUGUUGCAGGUUCUUUAGUGAGAGUCAAUGGCGCAGAGCUAUAUGAUUAAAAGUGAUGUUAGUGAAUUAAUAGGCAACACUCCAAUGGUAUACUUGAACAAGAUUGUGGAUGGUUGUGGAGCACGAAUUGUGGCGAAGCUUGAAAACAUGGAACCUUGCUCUAGUGUUAAAGAUAGGAUUGCAUAUAGUAUGAUCAAAGAUGCUGAAGAUAAAGGCCUCAUAACCCCACGGAAGUCGGUGUUGAUUGAGCCUACUAGUGGAAACACUGGCAUUGGUCUGGCAUCCAUAGCUGCAGCAAAAGGUUACAGAGUUAUUCUUGUCAUGCCAUCUUCAAUGAGCAUUGAGAGAAGGAUUGUCCUUUUGGCCCUUGGAGCCGAGGUUGUCCUAACAAAUCCAGCCAAGGGAUUCAAUGGGGCAUUGGAAAAGUGUGAGGAGCUAGUAAGCAACACACCAAAUGGUUACAUGCUCAAGCAAUUUGAGAAUUCUGCAAAUCCACUGAUUCAUUAUGAAACUACUGGACCAGAGAUCUGGAGGGACUCAGGAGGUAAAGUUGAUGCGCUGGUUUCUGGCAUAGGGACUGGUGGGACUGUGACUGGAACUGGCCAGUUUCUUAAGGAGCAAAACCCAGAAAUCAAGGUAUAUGGCGUAGAGCCAUUUGAAAGUUCUGUCUUGAAUGGAGGAAAGGCUGCUCAGCAUUUGAUCCAAGGAAUUGGUGCUGGGAUCAUCCCUCCUGUACUGAAUCAGGACUUACUUGAUGAAGUUGUUAUGGUAUCAAGUGAAGAAGCCAUUGAAACAGCCAAACUUCUGGCUUUGAAAGAAGGGUUGUUGGUUGGGAUAUCAUCAGGCGCCGCAGCUGCUGCUGCUAUCAAACUAGGGAAGAGGCCUGAAAACAAGGACAAACUCAUUAUUGCGAUCUUCCCCAGUGCAGGAGAGCGAUACCUGUCUACUGCACUCUUUGACUCCGUUAGGAGUGAGGCAGUAAAGAUGACAAUACAUGACUGAAAUGUGCUGCUUGGAGUUUGGAAGAAGUUUUAUCUCGUGUUUCUUUAGUAUUUUUUUCAUCUCGUUUGGACUUGGAAAGCCAGAAGGCAAAGGAAUGCAAAAAAAUUCAUUAAGAUAUGAACUUUCAUUGAGGAAUCCGGAUUUGUUCUUUGAAUUUCUACAUAUUUACAUCUACACAUAACUAGCUUUGUCCCCGGCCAAUGGCCGUGCAGUUUCUUUUUAUCAUUUAUAUUGGGAUGUUCAAAUAUUUUCUAUCUGGUAAGUUUCUUUUGAUAUGUUUAACUACCUUAAAAGUAUGUUAGUUUCACAUGUUUCUUAAAUAAAAUGUUCAAAUUCUU